AUGAUCUUCGGACUUCUCUGCAGGUGGUCCUGCAAUGUUUGCUCGUAUCUCUACCCCGCCUAUGCUUCUUACAAGGCCCUCUCGCAACAUCCCGAGUCUUCUCCAGAAGCCAUGGCACAGGUCGAGAGGUGGUUGAUGUACUGGGCAGUCGUCGGGACUUGGACCGCGGUCGAGGCUGUCAUCGGCUGGACUUUCACUUGGCUUCCUCUCUACAGCUUCUUCAAGACGCUCGUCUUUCUCGCCUUGUCCCUUCCGCAGUCAGAGGCGUCCUCCUAUGUCUAUCGAGCUCACCUCGCGCCAUUAUUCAAUGAGCACGAACGUGAUAUUGAUCACUUCCUCGCUUCUCUCCGAGGCCGGGCUGGCGGAGCUCUGAUAGAAGCUCUGACCUGGGCUUGGAACAAGGCCAAAGUGCAGCUCAACCUGUCCACGCCGGAAGAGCAAAUGCAAGCGGCUGCUAUGCUCGCUCAGAUGCAAGGCCAAGGUCGACCUGCGGGCGACAAUGCUCAUCCUGUCCAAGGUGGGCAGCAGCCUCCGACGCUGAAUGACCCCGCUUCAGGGGCUUUGCAGUCGGUCUUCCGCUUUGCUAGCAAGUACGCUGGCAAUUAUCUGCCCGUGGCUGUCACAGCUCUCAAUGCCGCUCGCUCUCAACCCACCCAACCUGGCCAAAGCACCCAGGGCGCCGUCCACUCUCGCUCCAUGUCCAGCUCUUCCGGUGCCUCCCAAGUGACCGAAAGCAUGACCAUGCCCACGCCUGUCCCCACCGGAGCUGUUCACCGGGAGCAGUCUGACCCCAGUCUUCGCUCAAGGACGAUGGCCUAUGCUGCUGGGCCUGGGAGCAGUAGGGAUGGAAGCAACCCUAAUUUGAAUGACGUCCAGCAGCAGUACGGUUCUCUCUCUUCUGCUCGAGCCCCGCCAAAGGGAUUCGCAGUGCCCAACACCAACAGUCGCUCCGUCUCCACCCCCAGCAGGCCUUCCGCCAACAGCUCGUCCGACUCUCUCGGGUCCAAGUAUGAAGGGUAUGAGCAGAUUGGAAAGGAUGAAGUUCGAGGAAUGGAGGAUCCCAACAGGCCUGGCUUGGAAGGGAGGAAGAGUAGCUGGUUUGGAUGGAACGGAGGUCAGCCUGGUGCUGGGUCGCCUUCGAACUGA